AGAAUUAUUUACUAAGAGUCAAUAUUGAAUAUCAUAAUCAAAUCCAAAAAGUAUUAAAUAAAAAUUCUCAUAUAAAGUUCAUAUUAUUAUAAAUUAUAAAAAUGUUUAAAAAACUUAAAGGUUCUAUUGGGAAAAUCGACGAAUCCAAAACACAACCAAAUUCUGUAACUCAAAAUCGUCCUUCGCUGAGUGGAUUUUCUACAUUAUCACCUUUAACUACAGAACCAAAUGAUUCUCAGUUUUGUAUCGAUGAUGAAAUAGAAGUCACACCAAAAAAUUCGCCAGCCCGAGUGGCUGUUAGCGAAAGCACUACAGUUGAUCUUGGAAAAUUUAGCCAAUCUUCAUCAUCGUUAGCGAAUGAUCAUCAUUCUUCAUUUAAUACUGAUUUGGAAUCUGCGAGUGAGAUAGAUGACAAUGUUAGUGUUGUAUCAGAGUAUGCCAAUGAAAUUACUAAAGAAAACUUAUAUGCAGCUUAUAAAAAGCUUCAUGGCCGUUACCACAAACAUAAAAAUAAAUAUGCAGAAUUAGCCAGUAAAUUUAAACAGACUCUAUUAACACACGACAAAGACAAAAUAACAAUGACCAAAGCUCAAGAUAAAUUACUUCAGAGAAUCACAGAGCUUAAAGAACAAUGCACCUUAGAACAGGCGGCCAAAGCUCAUAUGGAAGAAGCAUUAAGAAAUGAUAUUGAAGAAAGAGAUCAUAUAAUAUCUACUUUAAACACCAAAAUUGAAUUGUUACGAAAAAAUGGUGAACAUGAGGACGACUCAAUAUCGCUGUCAGCAGAUUCAACUGAUCUAUCGUUAACAUGUGAAAGAUUAAAUGAAGAAUUAAGGUUAUCAAAACAUGAAUGUGAUUCACUUCAAAAACAAAUAGAAUGUUUAAAAAAAAGUGAGGAAAAUACAUUACUAAGUUUGGCCGAAAACAAAAUGGCUAUACAUAAAGAACUUGAGUUGAAAGAAGACCAAAUUAAAAAAUUGGAAAAAACGAUUAAUGGGUUACAAAUGGAAAAUAAAAUAUUGUCAAAAGGGAACACAAGUCAAUUACUUACAAAUGCCAAUCAGAUAAAGAUUGACGAACAAGUCCAUCAGGAUAUGACUCGGCAGUUAACUGACUUAGAAGGAGAAAUGUCUUCAGUAUUUGAAUGUAAAGAAAAUGAAAUAAAAACAUUAAAAGAUCAAAUAAAGCUAUUAGAAAAACAUUUAGAAUCUCAAAAACAGUCAAACUCAUCUGUGGGAGAAAUUGUUAACUCCAAAGACAAAGAAAUUAAAGAUCUUAAAUCAACAGUAGCACGUUUGGAACUGAAUUUGAAUGAUGACAAAAUAUCAGGGUCUAAAAAAAUUGACACGUUUUUAAAAGAAAUUGGUGAGAAAUCACAAAAAAUAAAAAAUUUAACCAACCAAUUGAAAGAUGUGGAAAAAGUGAAAAAAGAUUUUGAAAAAUCAGAACAACAAGUCAAUAGUUUUAAAAACGAAAUUACACAAUUAAAAAAAUUAGUAGAUGAAAAGGAUAUAGAAAUAAAUAAUGUUAAAGAACAAAAUAAAAGUAUUGCUGAACUUAAGCUAAACAUUGAUAAGAAAAAUGAUAGAAUAAUAGUUCUUGAAAAAGAAUUAAAAGCCCUCGAAGAAAAUUCGAAUUCUGAUAAAGAAUAUGACGAAAGACUGAAAGACAUUGAUUCAAAGCUAAAGGAAAAAACUGAAGAAGCACAAAUCAUAAAAACUCAAAUGGAAACUAAAGAUAGAGACAUACAUGAUUUAAAGUCACAACUGAAAAUUAUUCCAGAGCUUUCAUUGAGUUUAGAGCAAAAAGAUAAAGAAAUAAAUAUGUUAAAAACUGAAGCUAAAGAGUUAAAGGAAAAGUUAAAAAAUCAAAAUGAAAAACAUGAAGGAACAAUUAGUGAGAAAGUUGAAGAACUGAAUCUAUUAAAAUCCCAAAUGGAAAAGGAGAAUGAAGAGUUGAGAGAACUAAAAUCUUCAAAAUUAGAAAAUGACAAAAAACUAAAUAAAGAAUUAGAAAAUAACACAGAGCUUAACAACAUAAUAAAUGAACUAGAAGACAAAUUACAACAGAAAAAUGAUUUAGGACAAAAGGCUAAAAUCGAAUUGGAAAUAUAUACUAAUGAGAUUAACAGUUUAAAAACUCAGGUUAAAGAAUUGUUCGACGAAAUUAAAGUCAAAGACGAACAAUUAAAUGUUAUUCAAUUGAAUAAUAAAGAUCAAGAAACUAUUAUGAAUAACAAAAUAUGUAAACUAGAAAAAAUCAUUGAAAAUUUAGAACAGCAAGUAAAUAAAAAAAACAAUAUAAUUAAGGAAAUUCAAAUAGUAGAAAAUCACUUAAAAGACCAGGCAAAGGAAAUUGAUAAUGAGAAAAAUCAUUUGGAAAGUGAAAUAAUAAUUUUAAGAGAGAAGGUUAAAAAAAAUGAUUCACUUGUGCAUCAAUUGCAAGAAGAAAUAAAUGUUAUGAACCAGUUAAAUGAAAAAGCCAAGAAAUCUACUCGUAAUCACAGUAAUGAAUUAAAACAAAAAGAAGAUGAAAUCGAUAAAUUAAAAGAGGAAGUAAAAAUGUUGAAUAACAGUAUUAAUGAAAAUAAAUGUUCAUAUUCUAACCUAAUAAAUGAACUAGAAAAUCUAAAAGCAAAGAACAAAAGUUUAAUAGAAUCUGAAAAAGAUUUGAAGUCGCAAAUUGUAGAACACGACAAUUCCAACAAAAGAUUGCAAGAAAUCAUUAAAGUAGUUCAAGAAGAAAAAGAACAGGAAGCAAAAACUAUGAAGAAGAUGAUAGAACAAAAUCAAUUUGAAUUUGAUCAUUUGAAUAGUUUACACAAAGAAAUGUUAAGUCAGUUAAAUCAAGACAAACUAAACAAAAUUUCAGAAGAACGCAGUAUCGAAUCUGUUGUAAAAGAUUUUAGUCUGCUAACGGAAGAAAAUUCAUAUUUGAAAAAAGAGAGGCAAAAAGUUCUCCUAAUGGUUCAUGAAAUGAUAAAAACAAUCAAGUAUGAUUUCAAGAACUUGAAGUCUUAUGUUUUUAAUCAAUUUACAGAAUGGUCUUUAUUAUUUGUUUCUUUUUCUAACCAAAUUAAUGCCGAUUUAAAAAAUAAUGUUCAAUACUAUAAUGAUAAUUUAGAAAAAUCGAGAAAACAAAAUACUUCAGUACAAAAUGCGUACUGCCAGUUGAAAACUGAUUGCCUUGAUUUAAUAGAUUAUUUCAAUAAAGAUGUAUUGGACAAAUAUAAUGAAGACGUUAUGAAAAGGCUGUGUAAAUAUAAUGAAAAGCUUGAAGAAAAGAGUAACAAUGUAGUAAAAUUACAAGAAGAGUUUGAUAGGUACAAGAAGAAUGAACAGCUGGAGGUGAAAGCUGAAGUAAAGCAAACUAUACAGGAAUUACAAGAAAGUCUGGAUAAUCAAAAGAAUGUAGUUAGAGACUUGAAACUCGAGCAUGCGGAAUACUUAGCGACGGAAAAGAAGAAAUGGACUGAUAAGUUAAUAGAAACAGAAAAUAAAUGGCUAGAAAAAAUGGAUAACUAUAAGAAAAUGAUGGAUACGGAACAUCGAGAAGAACUAGAUGCUCUGACUGAAGAAUGGAACAAUGAACGGAAAAAACUUUCAGAAUUAAUGAUCACUGACAAUAAAUGUGAAGAGGGUCUUGAAAAUAUUAUACAAAAUGUCGAAACCGUAUCCCAACGGGAAGAAAUGUUACAACGCCAAAUAAAUAAGCUUAACAAAGAGCUUUCUGAAAUCAAAAAAAUGUAUAGAAAUGAAGUCCACAACAAGCUUAGUACAAAUGAAGAUGACGUCAACGAUGAUAAGUGCUUUGUAGAAAUGGAAUAUCUGAGAAACAUAUUAUAUGAAUAUAUGAUGGGGAAGCAACCAAUGGUAUUGGUCAAGGUCUUAGCAGCAAUUGUCAAAUUCGAUACAGAACAGUUAACUACAGUACUACAAAAAGAAGAACAAAAGGUUUCCUUACUAAAAUCUCUUGGACUAACGUGAUGCUGUUUCAAAGGAGAUUUAAAAUUUUAAAAAAAUGUAAAUAAUUUUCUAUUGUAUUAUUAUUUAUUAUAUUAUUUAACCGUAUAAAUAUUAAAAUAUUCUUAUUCUUAACUCCGCUAUUAAUACAAAAAUUAUAUAUAUUUUACUAUUAUUAUUUUUUAUCUUUUGUUGUGCAAUUAUUUCAAAUGAUACUUUCAUGGUAUAACAACUUAAUUGUUCAACUCAUAGGUUUACCAUUUAACCCAAGUUUUAGAACCUAAUUAAGUCACAUUUUAAAAAAUUGGCUAAAGCAACUUAAUUUCUUUUAAAAUAAAUAUAUUUUUAGACGUCAAGGUAGUUGAUUUAACAUGAAAGUAUCUAUCAUUUUUAUCUGUGUUUCUAUAAUUAAAUUACCGAUCUAUAUAGUUACCAUAUUAGGUAGGUAAUUAUAUCACUGUUG